UUCUCUUCCUGAUCCUGAGUCAGUUUCGAUUUCUCUGUUAUCUGUCAGCGAACGACAGGUCAGAGUUGGAGACUCCGGCAGAAAAUAAAUCGUUUAAUCCGUCACCUUUCCUGACAUUUCUUCUUCUAACUGGAUCUGGAUAACUUGCUCGCUUCCUUGUCAUCAAGUCGACUCAGAGGAAGAGUCCUGUCGGACAGGACCGCAGCUCCACGACCUGAGAAGGUGUGAUUAUGGCUUCUGAAGUGACACCGGCUGUCAAUUUAAAAGAGGCCGAGGAGCUGGCCCUCUCUCUGAGUGAAGCCCUUAACAGCGGGGAUGGACAAGAAGCAGCAAAGCUGUGCCAGAGACUGUCACAACUUUCUGUUCCAGUGUCUGUCAGCAUCAACAGUCAGGCUUACCCUCAGGACUCCAUAAGGUUAUGGGUGGGAGUGGAGGAUGCUCAGUCGGAUGCCUACAUCCCGGUCACUGUUGUGGUUUCUCCUGACAUGACAAUUGCACAACUUAAAGACAAGAUCAACCACGACUUUGGGUUCUCCCCCUUGCUCCAGCGCUGGGUGAUCGGGAAGCGACUGGCCCAGGAUCGGGAGACGUUGUACAGCCACGGUAUCCGUCAUGACGGAGACACAGCGUUCCUGUUUAUUCGCUCUGCCCAUGCAGUUCAUCUCACACGGCAGCAGUAUAACCUGGACCAGGAGCAACAACGCUUAGAUAGCAUCGUAGAGUCGAUGGAGGCAGUGGAGCUUUUGCCUAGAGGGCUGGGCGGAGGUGGUGAGAAGACUGCUCCUCCCCCAGAGAUUCAACAAACUGCUCCUCCUCCUCUUCCCCCUAAACCUCCGGCUGCUACUAAACCUGCUGUGCUUCCUAAACCUCAGUUGGGCUGGGCCUGUACUUCGUGUACGUUCAUGAACAAACCAACGCGUCCUGGCUGUGAGAUGUGUGGAGGAGAAAGGCCAGAGGAUUAUCAGGUGCCUAACAUCUAUCAGCCAGACCCGCAGGAGGUUCUUCGAAUUCAGCAGGAGCAGCUGGCCAUGCUGCAAUAUGAACAGGCUCAGCGGGAAGAGCGAGAGAGGAACUACCUGAAUUUGUUGGCAACGGAGAACCAGAACCUCAUCUCCAGCACCACAGAGGCAGACUGUCCCAUCUGCUUCUCCCCCCUGCAGCCAGGAGAGGGCAUCGUGCUCAGAGAGUGUCUCCACACCUUCUGCAGGGAGUGUCUAAAGGGGACGAUAGUGAACAGUCAAGAUGCCGAGGUGUCAUGUCCUGACAAUUGUGAGAGCAAGCUGCUGGACCGAGAGAUCCAAGCGCUGCUCACAGAAGAGGAGCACCAGCGGUUUCUGGAGUUGCGUCUGAGCAUUGCAGAAAGCCGUGCAGAGCACAGCUUCCACUGUCAGACUGCCAACUGUCGAGGGUGGUGUGUCUACGAGGAUGAAGUCAACGAGUUCCACUGUGAGCUCUGCGAUGAAACCAACUGCAUUCUCUGCAGGGCCAUCCAUGAUGGCAUGAAUUGUAAGGACUACCAGGAUGACCUGCGCGUGCGAGCAGAGAACGAUCAGGCAGCUCAGCAAACUAAGCAGAUGCUAGAGAACCUGCUACAGAACGGGGAGGCCAUGAAAUGUCCACGGUGUGACAUCAUCGUCCAGAAAAAAGAUGGCUGUGACUGGAUCUGCUGUUUGAUGUGCAGGACGGAAAUCUGCUGGGUCACCAAACAAGCACGCUGGGGCCCAAAUGGCAAAGGUGACACAUCUGGGGGCUGUAAAUGUCGAGUCAAUAAUCUACCUUGCCACCCCAACUGCCAAAAUUGCCACUGAGUGAAGCACACUAAUGACCACACACGAAACAUGCACAGGAUGACCCUUCUGAAGACAUGCAGCACUUAGCUGAUACCAAGGCUGCUACAUUGAUGUGUUCUUUUGAUUUAUUUUACUUACUUGUAGCCUUAUUUGCAGUGUGCAUCAGUAUCUUGCCAGUGUCUUUCAUCAGUGGAGCGCUAACCACAGCUAUAAAUGCUAUGCAAAAACUAUACAAACUGCCAGCUAUAUCUUCUACAUCUCUGCAGCUGAGGAUAUUACACUGAAGUGUCAGUGUGAGAAAAUAAUCUUUAACUGCUAUAAUAAACUUGCAAUACUUUUUUGUGCUUAAUAAUAGUCAAGUAAUGCUUGAUUUACAUUUUGACCCCUGCUCUUAUCGCAACUCAGUUUGAUGAGCCAGCAAUCAUAUUGUGUUUAGUCUAGGUUGGUUAGCUUUUGAUCAGACAAAAACACAGAAAUACCAUUUUUAAUCUGAAAGGACAAAAAUGCAAGAGAAGUCUUAUAUUUAAAUACAGUAAAUAAAAGUAGCACUCAACAGCUAACAAUUCAUAAAUAAGGAAUUCAGACUAAUGAGUGUUAUGAUUACUGGAGCGCAAAUGUCUUCCUAACUUUAACAAAAUGUUGUAACCAGUCUAUGUUUGCCUUUUUUUGCUUGGUGAGUAUGAUGAUUCGUUAUCAGAAUUAUAAUAGCAAUAGGUUUAAUUUUACUCCACUGUGACGGAGGAUGUGGUUUACGUUAAAUGAAUGUGUUCGUAAUGCUAAAAAAAAAAAAACGCACUUAAAAAACUUUGAAGUAUCAGGGUGAUACGAUUGACAUGAUGACAUAAUUAUUAUGCUGUAUUUUUGUAUUUGUAUUCAGGAAUUUAUUCAGGUCCAUUCCUCAAGAGCUAGAUUAACAAAUGUACUAUGUAUAAUUUGUUUAUGUCUCGUAUGUAGGAAGGUUGUUAGGUCUCAUUUUUUCACUUUUUUUUUAAAGUGACAUUGCCUCCAGUAAACUGGAACCAUGAGCAUAGUGUGCUAACAUUAUUGUAAUACAAUGAACAUUAAGUUCAAAGGACAGGUGAGUUUGAUGAAGCAGAAGGAAAACAAACUGUAUUGAGUUAAAUCAGAAUAAUUUCCUUGUAUGAUCAAUUUAAAAGGUUCAGAUGGAUUUUGAAAAAGAUGUGAACGAUGUCCUUUUUGUGUUAGUUCUAAGCUCGAUACUGCACAUCCGUGUACUCUGUAUAAUAAUGUAUAAAAUCAUAUUAUAUGAA